AUGGAUGAGGAUCGCGUGGAAUCGAAAGCGGACGAGGAUUACGAAGAGGGCGAAGAUGCAUAUGAUGACGAAGGAACGUUGGAUGAAGAAGAAAUGCUGAACCCGGAGGAAUCGUAUCAGGAUGAGCUGAAAAUGCUUGAGGAUGAUGCGAAUUUAUCCAUUGAGGAGCUGAAACGAAAAUAUUGCAGUGCAGCGGAGGAGGAAGAGGAGUAUGCUGAUAUGGAAUCGACAUCGGGAGCAGCUUCCGAAGAUAUUCCAAAAUCAAACGGAAGUGAUCAAAGUGCAGUUACAAGUCCGGACACAAGUGAAGCAGAUGUGGCCGGCCCAUCCAGUGCUGCAUCUCAUAAAGAAAAACCGAACGCGCAUGGCUACUUUUCGGAUGUUGAUGAUAAUGACGAGGAUGCUGAUUACGUACCACCAGAUCCAUGGCGACGGAAUGUCCGUCAGGGACCCAUCUAUCAGGCCUCUGUUCCUGAUUCAAUGUCACCACCCAGAAGUCCAUAUGAUGAGCAUGGUGUGCUUUUGUGGUCACCACAUGUGAAAAUUUCGAUGAAAAAAGUGGAAGAAUUUUUGAAGGAAUGCUACGGCAGAGCAGCACAAGAGAUGGAUUUAUCGUUUCCGAAUGCAGCGCGCAAAUCCGCAACUUCGUGUCGAAAUUUCCCAUUAAAAGAUGAUGAAGAUGCUUUAAAGUAUGCUUCAGCAAAAGUUUUUUCGUUGUUCCAUAGCAUAUUUUUUGCUUAG